AGGGCAGUUGUUGUCCGAUCUCGGGCCGGUGCUGUUAUACGAGCUUUGCGCUAGUACUGAGGGCUCUCACCUCCCCCUUGUUCUCCCCUCCCGGCCUAACCGCGUUGAGGCUCUCCGGAGCGAAAGCGGCUUCGGGAUUCGGCCCCGGGGCAACUAGGGGCCCAUCCUCACUCCAGGCUCGGAUGGGAGGCGGAGGGAGGAACGGCCUGGGAUGUUGAGUCUGAUGGCCAAUUGCUGCAGCUGGCUCAAGCGGCGGCAGGAGCCCGUCAGAAAGGUGACUCUUGUGAUGGUGGGACUUGAUAAUGCUGGUAAAACGGCAACGGCAAAGGGAAUCCAAGGAGAGUAUCCUGAAGACGUAGCUCCUACGGUUGGAUUUUCCAAAAUUGACCUUAGACAAGGAAAGUUUGAAGUCACCAUCUUUGACUUGGGAGGUGGAAAAAGAAUUAGGGGAAUCUGGAAGAAUUAUUAUGCUGAGUCCUAUGGGGUAAUAUUUGUUGUGGAUUCCAGUGACGAAGAAAGAAUGGAAGAGACAAAGGAAACAAUGUCAGAAGUGUUAAGACACCCUAGGAUAUCUGGAAAGCCCAUAUUGGUGUUGGCAAAUAAACAAGACAAGGAAGGGGCUUUAGGAGAAGCUGAUGUGAUUGAAUGUCUAUCUCUGGAAAAAAUGGUCAAUGAACACAGGUGCCUGUGUCAAAUAGAACCUUGUUCGGCAGUCUUGGGAUCUGGAAAGAAAAUUGACAAGUCCAUUAAAAAAGGCCUUUAUUGGCUGCUACAUAUCAUUGCAAGAGACUUUGAUGCCUUAAAUGAACGCAUCCAAAAAGACACAACAGAACAACGUGCUCUUGAGGAACAAGAGAAACGAGAAAGGGCUGAACGAGUGCGAAAAUUACGAGAAGAAAGAGAACAAAGAGAGCAAGAGCAGGCUAAACGCGAUGGAGCAAGUGGUCUGGUUGAGAUGGACCCAGAACCAGUUAUUGUUAAUCCUUUCCAGCCGAUAGCAACCGUAAUCAUUGAGAAUGAAAAAAAGCUUGAAAAAGAGAAAAAGCAGCAAAAUAUAGAGAAAGGCUGUGAUGACUGCCCUCUGAAACACAAAAUGGAGCAUGAGCAGAUAGAGACACAGAGCCAGAUCAGUGACAGUAGCCAACAAACCAAAGAGUUUGGAAUAGUAGAAAAUUAUAAUGAAGCAUUAACACAGCAGUUGGAGAAUGAAGACGAGACAUACCAGCCAUCAUCAGAAUCAGAUAAUAGUAAAAAGAAAACUAAGAAACUAAGAAUAAAAAGGAGUCACCGUGUGGAACCUGUUAAUACAGAUGACUCUGCUCCUAAGAGCCCAGCACCACCCCCGCCUCCUCCUCCUGUUGGCUGGGGAACCCCCAAAGUCACUAGACUUCCAAAGCUUGAGCCUCUUGGUGAAACACGUCAUAAUGAUUUCUAUGGGAAGCCACUGCCUCCCCUGGCUGUGCGACAGAGACCUAACAGUGAUGUUCAGGACAUGAUCUCAUAACCACGUCAUGUGGAUGAGCUGUCUUAAUAUCAGCAAGAUGAACUAGAGGACCUUCUUUCUCGAAAAAAGAAAAACCCUGAACACUGAUGACUGGGACAGGAUAACUAUAGCAAUUUCAGUGAGGCAAUUAAUAGCCAAGGAUUUGACUGACCUGAUAGUUACUUAUCCAUGCUGUUCGUGGUAUUAAAAAAAGAAAAAGGAAAAAAGGGGGGCAGAGCAAAAGACCAGCAGGUGGGAUGAACGUUUUGGACAAAGUUAGUAAGAAUUAGUACUGACUCUGCUUUAUACAUCUCCACUAAUGGGUAUAUUUCUGAAGUAAAACCUUUCAGAAAAAGAGCCAAUGGACUUUGUAUACUUUCAUUACCAUUUAUUUAAUGGUCUUUAUUUCUAUACCUUAAACAUUUUUUUGUAAGACACAUGUGCAUGGA